CUUCUUUUAGGAAAAAAAACUUCAUCCGAACUCUGCCUUCUGCGGAUACUAGGAGUGUCCUUUUCCUUUAAUGUCGACAUAGUAUGGUGCCAUAUCAUGAUGUCUAAUUCUCCAUGUAUAUGAACCGCCAUCCAUGAUGAACCCAUCAUCAUCAUCUCAUCACAUCUCAUCCAUCGAAUGGUAGACGAGGAUUUGACUUGCAAUUUUAUCACACAUUUAAAACAAAAAAAAGGUAAAAGAACGGAAUGUAAUGAGAUAAUUCAAUCCCAUACAAUGCGAAUUUGACGUCCGCAAGGAGACAUCUUCUUCUCUCUCUAUCUCUCUCCUCACUUUCUCUCUCCUCACUUUCUCUCUCUUGCUUAGAUACAGCGAAGAACAGCAGACCACCAAGAGAAAAAUACUACUAUUACAAACCCAUUAAAAAAAAGGAAAAAUAAAAAGAAAAGGGUCAUACUGAGAUAGACCCUUUCUCUCUCUCUUCCAUAUUCCCUUCCUUCAUUAGUUCAGAUAUUAAUUUUUAGUAGAGUUUCCAUUGAGGUAAAACCCAACCCAAAAAAAAAGGGAAUGAAAAAGUAUGCUUCUUGAAAUAAAAGGAAAUUAGAAAAAAAAAGAGGAACCCUAAAUUCAACCCAUUUUCAUUUGUGGGUCUUUUACUACUUGAAGCAAAGCAGAGAAAAAACCCAGUAAUUAAUUGAGUUUAAAUUGUAAUUUUUAAAUCCCAAUUUUCAGAAAUUUUACUUUUAUUGUUGAAAAUUUUGUUAGCUUUGAAUGAAUGAAGGCUUAUUGGGAUCCAAAGAUUUGGAGUUUAUAUACUUGAAGCUUCAGGAUUUCUUGGAGACAUCGACAUUGUAGAAUGCUAAGAAGCAAAAAACAUUGGUUGGUUUGUUUAAUUCCAUUAUUGGGUAUUUUAAUUAGCAUCUCUCAAGUUGUUUUGGUCAAGCAUAAAGUUGUUUCAGAUGCUUUGGUGUGUGGUUGUCACUUUGAAGUAUCAUUCCUUGAAUAUUAUAGUAAAUUUAUUGGUGGAUUUUAGUCUUUUAUGUUCGAUUGCGAGCCGGUUAUAGUGUAAAUUUAGUUGGUUUUAUUAGGAAAUUUAUGUUGUUUUAGAUAGCUAGUUAAUUGUUCUUUGAAGCAUUGAUGUUCAAAGAUGGUUCCUUCUGGGCCUUCCACCCCAAUUGGUGGUGCUCAAUCUGUUAAUCCCUCACUUUUAAGGUCAAAUUCCGGUAUGUUAGGAGGUCAAGGUGGUCAAAUGCCUUCACAAGGGGCUUUUCCCUCUUUAGUAUCACCUAGAAAUCAGUUUAAUAAUGUGAAUAUGCUAGGAACUGUCCCCAAUGCUUCAUCACUUCUUAACCAGUCUUUCGGAAACGGUGGGGUGAAUCCGGGUAUUCCUGGUGCCGGGAAUGGUACAAGAGGUGGGCUUGAUGGAGGGGCCGAGUCUGAUCCCCUGUCUGGUAUGGGCAAUGGAAUGGGGUUCAACCCUCCAUCCUCUUAUGGGGCUUCUAAUAACCAGAUGAACUCUGGUCAAGGUCAGGGUCAGCAGUUUCCGAAUUCUAUGAAUAAUCAAAUGUUGCCGGAUCAAUCACAAUCCCAACAACUUGAACCCCAAAAUUUUCAGCAUCAGCAACAACAAAUGCAACAAUUUUCUGCUAACCAGCAGACUCAGCAGCAACCAUUUCGAGGUGCUUUAGGUGGUGGUGCCGUGUCUGUGAAGUUAGAACCACAGGCAUCAGCCGAUCAACAUGGUCCGUCCCAACAGCAGCAAUUACAAUCUUUAAGAGGUCUAACUCAGGUUAAGUUAGAACCACAACAAAUGCAGAAUAUGCGAGGUAUCGGGUCUGUAAAGAUGGAGCCACAACAUUCGGAGCAGUCGAUGUUCAUGCAUCAACAACAGCAACAACAUCAACAACAGCAACAACAUCAGCUCCUGCAGCAGAUGUCUUUGUCAAGGCAGAACUCUCAAGCUGCCGCUGCAGCCCAGAUGAAUCUUCUGCAGCAGCAAAGAUUGUUUCACUUACAGCAGCAGCAGCAGCAGCAACUUUUAAAGGCUGUGCCUCCACAAAGGGCUCAGUUGCAGCAACACUUUCCUCCUCAGAACAUGCCUCUGAGGUCACCUGUGAAAUCGUAUGAACCUGGGAUGUGUGCUCGUCGUCUCACACAUUAUAUGUACGCCCAGUCCCAGCAACAUAGGCCACAAGACAAUAAUAUCGACUUCUGGAGAACUUUUGUUGCGGAUUAUUUUGCACCAAAUGCCAAAAAAAAGUGGUGUGUUUCUAUGUAUGGAAGUGGUAGACAGACAACUGGAGUAUUUCCACAGGAUGUAUGGCACUGUGAAAUAUGCAAGCGCAAGCCUGGUCGUGGUUUUGAGGCAACUGUCGAGGUCUUGCCAAGGCUUUUCAAGAUUAAGUAUGAAAGUGGCACACUUGAAGAACUUCUUUAUGUUGAUAUGCCUAAGGAGGAUCUGAAUUCGGCAGGUCAAAUUGUUCUGGAAUAUGCAAAAGCAAUUCAGGAAAGUGUUUUUGAGCAGCUACGUGUUGUUCGUGAUGGCCAACUCCGGAUUGUUUUCUCCCCAGAUCUUAAGAUAUGCUCGUGGGAAUUUUGUGCGCGACGACACGAAGAACUUAUUCCUCGACGACUUUUAAUACCCCAGGUUACUCAGCUUGGCACGGCUGCACAGAAGUAUCAGGCUGCUACACAGAAUUCGUCGUCGAAUAUGUCAGUCUCAGAUUUACAGAGUAAUUGUAAUAUGUUUGUUGCGUCAGCUCGACAAUUGGCAAAGACGUUGGAAGUGCCAUUGGUUAAUGAUUUAGGUUAUACCAAAAGAUAUGUUCGAUGCCUGCAGAUAUCUGAAGUUGUCAACAGUAUGAAAGACUUGAUUGACUACAGUCGAUCAACAGGGGCUGGACCUAUGGAAAGCUUGGCGAAGUUUCCACGAAGAACGAGCACGGUAUCUGCUCUCCCAGGGCAAAACCAACAACCCGAGGAGCAGCAGCAACAGCAACAAUCACAGCUGCAGCAUCAUCCACAACAACAGCCACAGCAGGCAAUGGUUCAGAACUCAAACGGUAAUGAUCAAAGUUCUGUCCAGGCUUCGGUAAUGCAGAUUGCUUCGAGCAAUGGGGUGACCAAUGUAAAUAACAACUCAGUUAAUGGACCUACCGCCUCUACUUCGCAAAGCACCAUUGCUGGGCUACUCCACCAAAACUCGAUGAAUUCCCGGCAGCAAAACCCCAUGAACAAUUCGAGUAGUCCUUAUGGUGGUGGAAGUUCAAUUCAGAUGCAGUCUCCUGGUUCAUCGAGCACGAUGCAGCAAACACAACCUAAUCCUUUCCCAUUCCAAUCUCCCACGCCUUCCUCCUCUAACAACCCUACUCAAACUUCACAUGGUGCUAUGGCGACCAACACGAAUCACGUCAACUCCGCUAAUUCACCCGUCAUGUCCAAUAUCCAUCAACCUGCCCUCUCAGGCGAAGGUGAUACAAACGACACUCAAAGCUCUGUUCAAAAGCUCAUACAAGAAAUGAUGAUUAACAGUCAACUUAAUGGAGGUAUGAUGGGCAUAAACUCAUUGGGAAGUGAUGCAAAAAAUGUGAGUGGCAUUUUACCAAUUAAUGGUAACUCAGCUCUUAAUGGGCUUGUGGGCAAUGGGCCCACAGGUAACAAUUCAAGUAUGGGUGGUGGGUCCUUAAGUGGUAUGGGUGGAGGAAUGGGCCAAGUAUCAAUGGUUAACGGGAUUCGAGCUGCAAUGGGAAAUAACUCGGUUAUGAUGAAUGGAAGAGUGGGGAUGGCGUCAAUGACUCGGGAUCAAAAUGUAAACCAUCAGCAACAAGACUUGGGAAACCAAAUGCUAAGUGGGCUAGGAGCAGUCAAUGGGUUCAACAGUCUCCAGUAUGAUUGGAAGCCGUCACCAUAAGUGCUAGUUGUCCGAAAUGAGUGAAAAUUCGUUGUCUCGGUUCUAAAAAGAAAACACAAACUGCUUUGUGCAGCAUGGUAAUGCAAAAACGGUAAGAUAAGAGGCUUUGCGAUUCCUUAUUAUCCCGAGGAAAGGAGUUAUCACCAUGGAUGCCGAGGGUUUGAGCUUGAGAGAGAUAAACACGGGGUCGGGUUUGGGGUGGGGUAGGGGAAAGGCUAAACACCACUUUGUACUAAUUUAAGGAGAGGAGAGGGAACAUAUAGCAUAGUGUUUUACUAUAUUAUUGAAAGAAUAUCGUCACAUUUCGAAAAAUCCGCUGUUUUUGGCCUAUCUAACUGUUUUCAGUGUUUGUGUUCGGAUCUUCAAGCUUCAUAUACUACGGAACCAACAAAAGAAUUGGAUUUAUUGUCGGGUGAUGAACGACAAGUUGAGGAUUGAUCCAAUACAUGCUUGUAAGUUUCUGGAGCUUUAUGUAUACAUAAAUACGUAGCUUUCCCUUUGUUUCGUAGUAGGUUUUUGCCCGGUGAUGCUAUGAUAUUUUUCCUGGGCGUUCCUCGAAAAGGAACUCGUAUCUGCCUCGCGAAUGCAGUAUCGUUGAGGUUCCUAAACGGCCUAUCGAAGUUGGGCUGAAUGUAGUAAUACGUCUUAUACACUUGAAGAGAAGUUUUGUACUAAUAUUUUAUGAUGUUAGUGAACAUUCAUGUGCGUGCGGGCAUGUCUAUUUGAUGACCUUAUUUAGGGAAGUUAUUUUUCUAGACUUGAGCCUCGAAAUGGUAUGGUAGUAGAAAACUAACUCAUGCGUUUUAUUCGGAAAUGACUUGAUUGGAAACACUUGACUCGAAACUCGAUUGAUGAUUUGUGUCAAGAGUGAUAAAUAGUGUAACAGUCUACGUAAAAUCAACCCGGAUACUUGCAUGUGAAUGUAAGAUCCGAACGUCAUCACAUAUUGUUGUGUGAAUACUUAGAACUAUUUAUGUCAUUAAGGAAUCGUUUCACCCUUAAACGGAUUUUUUUUGUUGACAGAGAUGAUAAAUAAAAGCAAACUCAAAAAGUUGUCGGAAAAGAAAUUUGAAGUCUAAGAUCUAAUAAAACUUAGGAAAAUUUAUUGUGAAUAAUUCAAUUUAUUUUUAAUUAUCUGUUAAUAAUCUUACAUUUUAAAAAUUUUGUAAUAAUUUAACCUUUGCUUUCGGUUUGUUGUUAAUGUACCCUUUAGAG